CGCAUGCGCACUGCCGCGCAUGCGCCGUCGUGCCGGCUGGUAGGGGAGAAUCGGGCUCCUGGGGGAAUGGAGGCUGCUGAGACCGGAAGUAACGUUUGGCAGCUUCCGGUUUGGAGCACACACACGCACCCCCCCCUCCCCCUCCUUUUCUCCUCCUUCUCCCCAAGCACCGGGGUCGCGGCGAGCCCUGGGCCUCGGUACAGCAGAAAUGGAUUCCCAGGAGAUCAAAGAGCUGCAGCAAGAAGUGAUGGAGGAGCUGGGAAUCUCCAUGGAGGAGCUCCAGGAUAUUAUCGACAAAGAGCUGGAGAAGUUUGAGUGCGUGAAGCAGAGGAAACAGCAGCUGGAGGAGCUGGAAAAGUGUGUGAAACAGAAGGAAGAAGAGGUGGCUCGCGUUGACCGGCUCUUUGAUGACGCUUCAAGAGCCAUUGAUAAAUGCGAGAUAUUGGUGAAGGAUCUGUACUCCAAGCUGGGCCUCCAGUACCGUGAGAGCAGUUCUGAGGAUGAGGACUUGGCUGCCAAGCCCAUGGAAGUGAUUGAGAUCCCGGAUGAGGACGACGAUGAUGUCAUGAGUAUCGAUUCAGGCUGGAAGCACAGCGAUAGUAGUCCCAGAAUUGCAAAGGAUCAGACUCUGCUGCGGGAGGCCAUGGCUGCAAUGAGAAAGUCUGCCCAGGAUGUUCAGAAAUUUAUGGAUGCCGUGAACAAGAAAACAAAUGCCCAGGAUGCACAAAAAGAUGCACAAACCCCUCAGGAAGCUCCUGGUACCGUGCAGCCCAUUGGCCCUGCAGCAGCUGGGAGUGAUCUCAGCAAUGACGGUGAUCUGAGUGUUGGCAUGAGGAUCCUGGGCAAGAAAAGAACCAAAACGUGGCACAAAGGAACUCUAAUUGCAAUCCAGACCGUUGGUGCUGGAAAGAAGUACAAAGUGAAAUUUGAUAAUAAAGGGAAGAGUUUGCUUUCUGGCAAUCACAUCGCUUAUGACUAUCACCCCUCGCCUGAGAAACACUAUGUUGGCAGCAGGGUUGUGGCAAAAUACAAAGAUGGGAAUCAGGUUUGGCUGUAUGCUGGCAUUGUGGCUGAAACCCCAAACGUGAAGAAUAAAGACAGAUUCCUGAUCUUCUUUGAUGAUGGCUACGCUUCGUAUGUCAAGGAGUGGGAGCUGUACCCGAUCUGCAGGCCACUGAAAAAGACCUGGGAAGACAUAGAGGAUGUUUCCUGUCGUGAUUUUAUUGAGGAGUACAUCACGGCCUACCCCAACCGUCCCAUGGUGCUGCUGAAGAAUGGCCAACUGAUCAAAACAGAGUGGGAAGGGACCUGGUGGAAAUCCAGAGUGGAAGAAGUGGAUGGCAGUCUGGUCAAAAUCCUUUUCCUGGAUGACAAACGUUGUGAGUGGAUUUACCGAGGUUCCACACGCCUUGAGCCCAUGUUCAGCAUGAAAACUUCCACAGCCUCCACCCAAGAAAAGAAGCAAAGUGGACAAGCAAGGACUCGUCCCAAUGUCGGUGCUGUCAGGAGCAAAGGGCCUGUAGUACAGUAUACGCAAGAUUUAACAGGAGCUGGUACCCAGUACAAACCUUUAGAGCAAAUGCAGGCAGCCUCGCUGGCUGCACAGUCCGUUUCUCCACAGCCUGCUGAGAUGGAAUGCUCUGACAGUCAGCUGGCCCAGUCAAGAAAGCAAGUGGCCAAGAAAAGCACUUCCUUCCGUCCUGGCUCCGUAGGCUCUGGGCAGUCAUCACCUUCUUCACCUGUCCUAAGUGAUACACCUCCGAUGGGAAGGACUGGUGCAUCCCAGCAGCAUCGGCUGUCCAGUGGCCAGGCAGGCAGUGGCACAGCACAGUCCUUCCACGGCAUGAUGGACCGCGUGCCGAACGAGCCCUCUUACCGAGCCCCACUGGAGAAACUCUUCUACCUGCCACACGUCUGCAGCUACACCUGCCUGUCCCGCGUCCGUCCCAUCCGCAGCGAUCAGUACCGCAGCAAGAACCCCCUGCUCAUCCCGCUGCUCUACGACUUCCGACGGAUGACAGCCCGCCGACGGGUUAACCGCAAGAUGGGCUUCCAUGUCCUCUACAAGACGCCCUGUGGGCUGUGCCUGAGAACCAUGCAGGAGAUCGAACGCUACCUUUUUGAGACAGACUGUGACUUUCUGUUCCUGGAGAUGUUCUGCCUGGACCCGUAUGUGCUGGUGGAUCGCAAGUUCCAGCCCUACAAACCCUACUACUACAUUGCAGACAUUACCAAGGGCAGGGAGGAUGUGCCGCUGUCCUGUGUCAACGAGAUCGAUAACACCCCCCCUCCACAGGUGGCCUACAGCAAAGAACGCAUCCCUGGCAAAGGGGUUUACAUCAACACUAGCUGGGAGUUCCUCGUGGGCUGCGAUUGCAAAGACGGCUGCAGAGACAAAUCGAAAUGUGCCUGUCACCAGCUGACAGUCCAAGCGACUGGCUGCACCCCGGGCGGGCAGAUCAACCCCAAUUCAGGAUACCAGCACAAAAGGCUGGAAGAAUGCCUCCCGACAGGAGUUUACGAGUGUAACAAGAGGUGCAAGUGCAACAUUAACAUGUGCACCAACCGCCUGGUCCAACAUGGGCUCCAAGUCCGCCUGCAGUUAUUCAAGACUCAGAACAAAGGCUGGGGCAUUCGCUGCCUUGAUGAUAUUGCUAAAGGCUCUUUCGUCUGCAUUUACGCAGGGAAAAUCCUCACGGAUGACUUUGCCGACAAAGAGGGGUUAGAGAUGGGUGACGAGUAUUUUGCAAACCUGGAUCACAUUGAGAGCGUGGAGAACUUCAAGGAGGGCUAUGAGAGCGACGCAAAAUGCUCUUCUGACAGCAGCGGGGUGGACCUCAAGGACGAAGAAGAGGACAAUACAGGCACUGAGGAGCAGGAGGAGUCCAACGAGGACAGCUCUGACGACAACUUCUGCAAGGACGAGGACUUCAGCACCAGCUCAGUAUGGCGCAGCUAUGCCACGCGACGGCAGACCCGGGGCCAGAAGGAGAAUGGGCUGUCGGAGACAGCCUCCAAGGACUCAGGGCUCACACGGCAAAUCAGCCACGAUGAGACGGUGGUGGCUGUCUCCUGUAAGCUGCCGGUGUCGGAGGAGACCUCCAAGAACAAAGUGGCCUCAUGGCUGAGCUCCAACAGCAUGUCUGACAGCUUUCAGGACAAUGACAGUGCCUCCUCCUUCAAGAUGAGCGAAAGCAGCGAAGCCAAGGCCAGCAAGACGGAGCUCCCGUGUGAGAGAGAGAAAGCCUGUGCUGCUGCCCUGGGUGACCUGGAUGGAGAGUCAAAGGCAUUAAAGAAAGAUGAACCUGAAGAUCCAACCAAAAUUCCUGGGCUAAGCGACUUGGGAAGGAUGUAUGGCUACAACCCGAGCCCUCCCAAACUGGAAGGGAUCCGCAGGCCGACAAGCAAGACCGCCCUGCUGCAGAGCAGACGGCAUUCUCUCGCCCCACAGCCCCCCACAGAUGAUGUGCUGACCCUGUCAAGCAGCACAGACAGUGAGGGGGAGAACGGGCAGCCGGUGGUGGGGCAGGCCCAGGGCACCACCAACGACAGUGAUGACAUCCAGACCAUUUCCUCGGGCUCAGAGGAGGAGGAAGGGGACGACAAGAAAAACCCCUCAUCUGGGUCAGGUCCUGUGAAGAGGCAGGUGGCAGUGAAAUCCACCCGAGGCUUUGCCCUGAAAUCCACUCACGGGAUUGCCAUCAAAUCAACCAACAUGGCAGCAGCCGACAAGGGCGAGAGCGCACCCGUCCGUAGAACCACCCGCCAAUUCUACGACGGAGAGGAGUCCUGUUAUAUCAUUGAUGCCAAGCUGGAAGGGAACCUGGGCCGAUACCUCAACCACAGCUGCAUUCCUAACCUCUUUGUGCAGAACGUUUUUGUGGACACGCACGAUCUCCGCUUCCCCUGGGUCGCCUUCUUCGCCAGCAAGAGGAUACGAGCUGGCACAGAGCUGACAUGGGAUUACAACUACGAAGUGGGCAGCGUGGAAGGCAAACAGCUGCUGUGCUGCUGCGGGGCUGUCGAGUGCCGAGGGCGGCUGCUGUGAGCCCACCCACCUGAUGCUCUACCGGAUCCCUCUUGACCACAGGCUUGGUGCUGAUUUUCCCUUUGUGAGGGUAAAGUUUCUUCCCAAGAGGUGGUUGUUUAAUAGUAACCGUUACGAAGCUGAGCACAGUGGCUUUGAGUUCUCCUGGUCACUUGAAAAUUACAGUGGCAGAUGGACACAGAACAGAAAUGUAACCUGGCACAUGUGUGAUGGCUGCGGUGGGGGGUGAUGCCCAAACCUGAUGCUGUGAGCUUUGCUUCUCUCCCUCAGCACCGCUGGAAAGGCCAUUAGCCAAUCCGUUACCUACCUGAGCCCUUGACAAGCAGCUGUUCCUGCUCUCUUCCAGCUCUCCACCAAAUUUAAGACACAAAGCCCUGGGCAUUGCUGCCGGUUUUCCAGCAGGAAGCACUUCACCAAGACUCCAGGGAAGUGCUUCACAGUUGGGACU